AUGUGUUGGCUUUGUGUGAUGUUGAACUCCUCCUCCAACAAAUCGGCAAUAAAAGAGGAAGCAGGAGGAGGCCUUGACGUCGCCCCAGCUGGGAGUAGCAAUGGACGAUCCUGCAUCAUUGCUGGGAAGAAGACCCCCGUGGAGGACACUUUUGGCUCCGAUGUACAGCCUGGGCAAUGCAAAGUAAACCCGGCAGGAGAGGCCAAUGAGGUUGAGUCGGACACCAAGCAGAGACCACCCCUCCGGUGGGUGGUGAAGGAGGAGGGCAACGGGAGCGCAACGGUGCUGAGCGAAAACGAGUGGAGCCUGCUUCCUCUUCACCCCUCUUCCUCAGGCAGAGAUGGGAGGGAGAGUGAGAAGGAAGAGAAAAUGCUUGAUGCACAGGUUGAAAACGCUCAACAUCGACAGAAGGAGGGGAACACAGGGGAGAGGAAAGGAGCAGGGAUGAGAGAGCAAGCAGAGAAAAACACGCUUUGUCCAUCAAUCCUUUCCCAGUUAAAUGAAGAGAAAGCACGGGGAUGUGCGGAGUGUGAAAAGACCUUCUGCACAAAUCUUCCCAAAUCUGAAGUAAUCUACACAGUAGAGAAACUAUAUCAGUGUUUAGGGUGUGGAAAGCAGUUUAAUUCAUACGGUUGCAUUAUUGCACAUAAAAAACCCCACAAAGGGGAGAAAGCAUAUAAAUGCCUGGAGUGUGACCAGAGUUUCUGGCGGAAAGAUGAACUCAUAUCACAUCAAGGAACGCACCCGGGGGACACACCGUACAAGUGCUGGGAGUGUGGAAAGAGUUUUCACGGGAGUUUAGAGCUUAUUCGACAUGAAAUAUAUCACAGAGGAGAGCGAUUUUACAAAUGUUUGGAAUGUGGAAAGCACUUCUGUUCUGCCGGUCUCCUUGACACACAUGGAAAAAUCCACACAGAGAAGCAAUCGGGCAUAGGUUUGGAGUGUGGCCAGAGCUUCCAGACAAGCACACCUCUUAUUAGCCAUGAAUUGACCAAAGUGGAGAAGCCGCAUAAGUGCAUGCAGUGUGGGGAAAGCUUCAGUGGGAGAGAGUGCCUGGAUAUGCAUACAAGAACCCACACAGGAGAGAAACCGUAUACAUGUCUGGAUUGUGGAAAGGCCUUCACGGCAAGUGCAAGCUUUAAAGAACACAAAAGAACCCACACAAGAAAGAAAUCACACAAGUGCUUGGAGUGUGGAAAGAGUUUCACUGGGAGAGGAAACCUUGAUGCACAUACAAGGAUCCACACGGGAGAGAAACCAUUCAAGUGUGUGGAGUGUGGAAAGGGCUUCCGUCAGAAAGAGAAACUUAAUGUGCACAACAGAAUCCACACGGGAGAGAAGCCAUAUAAAUGCUUGGAGUGUGGAAGGAGCUUCAUUGAGAGAGGGACACUUCUUGUGCACAAAAGAACCCACACAGGAGAGAAACCGUACAAAUGUGUGGAGUGUGGAAUGGCCUUCAGUGUGAAUGCAAGCCUAACAGUGCACAGAAGAAUUCACACAGGAGAGAAACCAUAUAAAUGCCCGGAGUGUGGAAAGAGCUUCAUUGAUAGGAAGAGACUUACUGUGCAUGAAAGGACCCACAUGGAAGAGAAACCAUAUAAAUGUCUGGAGUGCGGAAAGAGCUUUUGCCAGAAAUCAGGUCUUUCCUCCCACCAAAAAAUCCACAUGAGGAAAAAAAAAACCCUAAAUGCCAUCACUAAUUAAAUUAAAAUACAAAUGAAACUUAGCUCAAAUACUGAAGAAAAACCCAGGAAGACCAAAGAGAACAACGGAUUGGCAAUCAUUUAAGGACUAUAUGAACUCAAAGAAAUGGAUGAAAAUAAUAUAACAUAUUUAGACAAGUACAAUGAAAUGGACCCGACAAAGAGGAAAGAAAAGGAGAAACAUACUUUGGAAAGAAAAAGAGAUUAAAGACUAUCAAUCAACCACGAAGAAGAAGAUUGGAAGAUGACAAACCCUCCUCUUCCCUUCCCUACCUUCUCUUCUUCCCCUUAACCUUCCCGCGACCACCAAUUCCCUAUCCCUCCCCUACAUACCUACCCUACCCAAACCACAUCACCUUUCCUUUUUUUUUAACCUAUAUGUAUCUAUAUGUACGAGGGUUAUCCAGAAAGUAGAUUACGUUUUGGAAUUAAAAAUGAACGAAGUAUAGGAGAAAACAUUUACCAUAUGCAGUUGAAAGCCAGACCUAAAUACCACUUCUCAACAUUCAAAUCUAGGCACUUAUAGCAAUGAAUGAGCUUGGCAACUCCUUCCCCACAAAACCCUGCGCUUGCGUCCUCAACUAGCCGGUCACCCCUUCCCGCAGCUUUGCAGCAUCACCAAAACACUGCGUUGCCAGCCACGGCCCCAUUGUUGGAAACAAGUGGUUGACGCAAGUGGCAGAGUUUUGUGGGGAAGGAGUUUCCAAGCUCAUUCCUUGCUAUGAUAAGUGCCUAAAUUUGAAUGGCGAUUAUGUUGAGAAGUGGUAUUUGGGUCUGGCUUUCAACUGCAUAUGGUAAAUGUUUUCUCCUAUACUUUUAAUUCCAAAAUGUAAUCUACUUUCAGGAUAACCUAUAUAUAUAUGGUGUCAUGAAGUACAAGGAUUAAAAUACAAUUAAAACUA